GUGUAAGACUCUGUGAAAAACACCUCUUGAUUUCAUUUAUUUAGCAUCUGUUCAUUCAUCCUGAGUCUCUGCUUCCUCUGCAGCAGCUGGCAGAACCAUGGCAACUCCUGAUGCUGCUUUUGAGACCCUCAUGAAUGGAGUGUCCAGCUGGGAUCUUCCCAAAGAACCCAUUCCCAGUGAACUUCUCCUUACUGGGGAGUCAGCCUUCCCAGUGAUGGUGAAUGACAAGGGCCAGGUGCUCAUUGCUGCCUCUUCCUAUGGACAAGGCCGCCUGGUGGUCGUAUCUCAUGAGAGCUACCUGCUGCAUGAUGGCUUGGUUCCAUUUCUUCUCAAUGUGGUGAACUGGCUCUGCCCCUGCCCAGGGGCUCCCAUAGCAGUGCAUUCUUCCUUAGCAUCAUUAGUUAACAUCCUAGGUGAUUUUGGGAUAAAUGCCUUGGUUCAGCCCGAACCUAGAGAGGCUCUGGGAGUUUAUUGCAUUGAUGCCUACAAUGAUACCUUGACUGAGAAGCUGAUCCAAUUCCUGAAGAAUGGAGGGGGUUUGCUAAUUGGAGGCCAGGCUUUGAAUUGGGCUGCUCACCAUGGCCAUGAUAAAGUGCUAUCCAUUUUUCCUGGAAACCAGGUGACAAGUGUGGCUGGAGUAUAUUUCACCGAUAUCUCUGGGAAUAGAGACUGGUUCAAGGUUUCUAAGGAGAUACCCAAUCUCAGACUCUAUGUCCAGUGCGAGGAUGAGCUCAAGUACGACCAGCAGCAGCUCCUGAAAGGGAUGUCUGAGAUAUACAUCGAGGCGGGUGUAAUCCCCUCCCAGCUGCUUGUGCAUGGACAGCGGGCAUUUCCCUUGGGAGUAGACAACUUACUCAAUUGCUUUCUUGCAGCUGCCCGCUAUGGCCGUGGUCGGGUGGUGCUGGGGGGAAAUGAGAGUCUGAUACUUAAUCAAACUAUGAUGCCAUUUGUGCUUAAUGCUUUACGCUGGCUGAUGGGGAACCAGACAGGCAGAAUUGGGUUAGCUUCAGAUAUGAAAGUACUGAAGUCUAUGUUACCAAACAGCAGUUUCCAGUGGAGUGAAUCAGAACUUCUAACCAGUGACUUGAGCGUGUUUUGCUGCUGCUCACUCGCCAAUAUAGAUUCCGAGGAGGUAGAGGAAUUUGUUGCAGAAGGUGGAGGCUUGCUAAUUAGUGCAGAGGCCUGGUCGUGGGGCCGCAGGAAUCCAGACUCUAGCUGUAUGACUCAAUACCCAAAUAACAUCGUCCUUAAGCGCUUUGGCCUUGGUAUCACUAGCCAUGUGGCCCAGCGAGGCAGUUUCCCAGUCCCCAAUCCUGAAGGGAUAAACUAUCACUUCCGGAGAGCCCUGUCUCAAUUUGAGACCGUGAUCUACAGCCAGGGGAGUAGCUUACAUGAGAGCUGGCUGAAUAAGCUCUCACAAGAUUGUUUCUACAUGUUUCAAAUGACCCAUCAGAGGAUUUCCAUCUACGACUCUGUGAAGAAACAUGCUCUGAAAAUGAUCCAAAGCAAGGACUUUCCAAGUGUGACUGACCAAUAUCCGAUCGCAAAGGGCAGCUCGCAGGCUUUUCUUCUAUCCCUGGCUUAUGAAUUAUUCAAAUCCGGAGUUGACAGAUCUCAGCUACUUCCCCCUCCCGCCUUAUUACCUCCUACAGAAUCUCCAAUAACCAUUAAAAUAACCACAGACAAGGAGAACUCCUGGGUAAGCACUGGACUGUACUUACCUGAAGGGCAGGUUGCACAAGUAUCACUUCCCAGUGAAGCCACUCAUGCCAAGCUGAAGGUCCUCAUUGGCUGCCACAGGGACAACAUAAGCCAAGCAAAAACUUACUUCCGUCCCCCUGUGAUGACCUAUGUGUACCACUUAACUUCAUCCCAGACAUCCAUCUCCUGGCUCUAUGGGGGCCUUCUCUACAUCAUGGUCCCCGACAAAUACAAUCAGGAUAAUGUAUCUGUCACCAUCAGUGGGGCUGUAUCUGCUCCAUACUUCAGGCUGGGUAAGACGACCCAGGAGGAAUGGAAGAAUCUUAUCAAACACAGCAAAGUUCCAUGGGGAGAACUGGCCACAGACAAUAUCAUCCUGACAAUUCCAACAGUCAACCUCAAGGUGCUACAGGACCCCUAUCCACUGCUCCAACUCUGGGACAAGAUGGUAAGGGCUGUAGCCAAGCUGGCAGCCCGGCCCUUCCCUUUUCAGAGAGCUGAGAGGAUCGUACUUGACAAGCAGAUUUCAUUUGGUACUCUUCAUUCUGGAUACCCCAUCAUGGGCCUAAUUAGUAUAGUAGAAGGCAUCAUCAGCGAGUUAAAAAUAAGAUCACAUGGUAUUUGGGGUGUGAUACAUGAACUGGGCCACAACCAUCAGAAGUCUAGAUGGACUUUUCCACCUCACACCACCGAAGCUUUGUGCAAUCUCUGGAAUAUUUAUGUGCAUGAGACAGUUUUAAACAUCCCCAGGGAGCAAGCCCAUCCUUCUCUGAAUCCUGAGCUUAGGAGGCAGAGGAUCAAAGACCACCUGAACAAGGGAGCACCUCUGAGCAACUGGAUUAUGUGGACAGCUCUAGAAACUUAUCUCCAGCUCCAGGAGGGCUUUGGGUGGGAGCCAUUCAUCCAGCUCUUUGCUGACUACAAAACCCUCUCUGGCCUUCCUCAAAACAAUGAAGACAAGAUGAAUCUGUGGGUGAAGAAGUUCUCUGAGGUUGUGCAUAAGAAUCUGGCACCUUUCUUUGAAGCCUGGGGCUGGCCUGUCAAAUAUGCUGUGGCUAAAAGCCUAGCCUCUUUGCCAGAGUGGCAGGAAAACCCCAUGAAAAUGUAUAAAGCUGAAGGUACAGAAGGCAGAGAGUGAACACACACUAUCUGUUCUCUCUGGGAGAAGAAUAUUUAUGUGAUGCAACCGAAAAGCCCUAAUGGUUCAAAAUUCAAUUUUAGGGACCACCCCCGUUAUUAGAAUCAUCUUAAUUCUUUUGUAAGGUAGAGAUUAAAUUACACACCAGCUUUCAAAUUUUGCAAUAUAGAUGACUCAAUAUGUUGCCUCUAGAUUACUCUUAAACUGUGAGAUUUGUAUCUUGACCUUCUUGUUUAGCAUCUUUCAUGUUCUGUUUGUUUACAAAAGCU